ACCCCGCCCCCAAGAUGGCGUCUUACUGACAGUUGGCUGCGGAGCGGCAGAGGCGGAUCCUGCUAGUCAGGGCGGCGGCGGGGCCGGGGUCUCCCGGGCCGGGGUUGGCGUGUGGAAGGGAUGGCGGCGCGGAACGCCUAGGGCGGUGCCGCGUGGGCAAGGCGGGAGCGGCGGGCAGCUAUGGGCUGCUGAGGCGGCGGCGUCCCUACAGCCCCUUCCCUUAGCCAUGGGUUCAUCAGCUGCCGCCGCGGCGGCGGCAGCGGCAGCAGCGGCGGCGGACUCGGCACAGUGGCUGUCGGUGAAGGAGGAGACCAUCUUUCUGCACGACGGGCUUAUCCGGGUCACCGACCUGGCCGAGCUGCCCAGCGAGAUCCUCGGCGCCCCGGAGGCCGCCGACACCGACCUGGAGAUUUUAACAUUUGAGACCAAGAACCCAACUGAGUUAGCAGAACGUUUGCGCUCUGUUUGUGGGAAUCAGAGCAAUGCCUAUGCCCGCUUGCUGGAAUACCGCCUGAAUGCCUUGCGUGGACUGUGGAAUGCCCAGCGCCAGCUGGCCCUGGAGGAACAGCAUGAAAGGGAAGGCUCUGGUGAUGAAGAAACCUUGGCCCUACUCAAGCGCCAGGGCUUGCUGCAGCAACCCGAGCAAGCGCCCUUCACAUCCCGGGUGGGCCUCCUGUUGGUCUUCCCCCUUAUUCAGUCCCAGAGUAGAACAGACCCCUCCCUCUGUAACAUAACUGCUGAGGUGCUAUUGAACUGCCUGCGUGACUGUCAGCCUCUGAGCUUGACCAAGGAGCCUGCUGACUGUCUCAAUGGGAUAGAAACCUUGCUGUGCUCUUGGCUAGAGGAGACCUCGGACACAGGCCGACACAUCCCACACAAACAGAAGGAGAAUGCUGCCGCUGCCCUGGUGGCUUUGGCAUGUGCCAGGGGAUCAUUGAAGACUUUUGUCCACACAGUCCAUCUGCUACAGAGACAGACUGAGCUGGGCUCCCUGCCUGUCGCCGAUGUUUUAUAUAGGCUGCUACUUUUGGAAGGGGGACCUGGAUCCCCAUCCUGUUUACUUGGGGGAAAACACAUAGUAUCCUGGGGGUAUGAAGACAUGCUGCCUGCACCAGACAGCAACGCUGGCUCCAGUUCUGAGAACAAAGAUGCUGACUUGGGGCGCUGUCUCACCGCAGAUGGACGUUACCUAUACACCACCAACUCAGCUGGAAGAGGAGUAAGCAAGUUGGGCUCUGGACUGCAUGGCACUCUCAGAGGGUUUGUGUACUGCCGCAAUGAGGAGCUGGAACCAGGAUGGGUGGCAUAUGGCAGUGGCCACCUCCUCCAUCGCCCUGUGUCUUUUGACAAUAAACCCCACUCCCUUUUUCAGGUCCUAGACCAGAAUACCCUCCAGGUGUGCCAGACAGUGCCCAUGCCAGCCAGUCCCCUCCCCACAGGCAGUACCAUGAGCACUGUGCACCUCUCCUCGGAUGGUACUUACUUCUACUGGAUCUGGUCUCCUGCCAGUCUGAAUGAGAAAACCCCAAAGGGACAUUCUGUCUUCAUGGACAUUUUUGAACUUGUGGUGGAAAAUGGGGUAUUUGUAGCCAGCUCACUUCAGGAACGCACAAUCCUAAUGAGAAAAGAGGGAGAAUCCGCCAAAAGCAUCAAUGAGAUGCUCCUGAGCAGACUGUCUCGGUACAGAGCUUCCCCAUCAGCAACACUGGCGGCCCUGACUGGCUCCACCAUCUCCAACACCCUGAAGGAGGAUCAAGCAGCAAAUACUAGCUGUGGCCUUCCUCUGAAAAUGCUGCGGAAGACACCCAUGUACACUUGUGGCACAUACUUGGUGAUGCUGGUCCCACCUCCAGGGGGGUCUGGCAGCUCUGCCACCCGCUCUCUUUUUGGUGGAACCAGUGGCUUGUCAUCUUUAAAAAUCCUGGCCUCCAGUUUGGUAUAUAACAUUUCAGAUGGCCAAUUCACAAGUCGUGCGGAUCUCAUAGAUGCUGCUGGAAGCUCACUGGGGCGUGGUGCUCUUGUACCAGGAUUGGGUGCCUGUUAUGAUACCGUGAACAACAUGCUGUGGACCUGCUCAAAUGAUUAUAUCGAUCAGUGGUGCAAUCCUGGGAACCAGGCCUUUCAUUAUGUGUGCCAGAGACUGGGGGUCAGCCAUAUCAUCACCGAACCCAAAGAAGAGGCCAUCAGCACAAAUGAGGUCAUAAACCAAUUACUGCACCAUGUUGGCGCCAUGUGCAUUCACCAGCUCAAUCUUUUGGCCACGAACCCCAAUCUUCCCAUCACUAGUGUCCUGGGCAAGCAGCACCCUAUUGAGGCACGCCAUCUGAGCAGCAUUUGUGACAUCAUGGAGAAGGCCAUGGUUAAUGGAGACACCUGUAUCGUACGCUGCAUCCUCGUUGUCUUUCAGGUGGUGUUUAAAUUUUUCUUCAGCCCACAAACUGAAAGGAACCGAGACAUCAUUCGGCGGUCAGGAUUGCUUCUUUGGCAGUUGUUGAUGGCACCGAAAGACCAAAUUUGCUCUGAAAUUCAGAAGGAGGUCUGUCUUGCCAUCAGCUCUGGUUUAAAUAUCUUAUACCCAGGUGAAACUGAAAUCAAUAACUUACUUAAGCUGGUCUUAACAGAAGGAGAGAGAAACAGCGGACUUUCCCAGCUGCGAGACGUGAUCCUAACCAACCUAGCCGAGCAGCUUCAGAACAACCGGUUCGGCAGUGAUGAGGACGAUCACUACAGACUCAAUGAUGAGCUCUUACACUAUAUCCUGAAGAUUGUUGUGCGAGAGUCCUGUAUCCUAAUCACCAAGUGCCAAACCGUCUCCAAAGAUGAUUUUCAGAAGCUCCUUUCAACUGUACCUGCUGCAUCUUCCUGCCUGCGCUAUCUGAUGGCAGUUCAGAAUCACCUUCUCAGUAACACUAUUUUGAUUAAACCUGAUGAGAACGAUGACAGUGACAGCUCCUUGCAGGGAGAGACAUUGAAGGAGUUAAAAGCCAGUAUUUUGGCUCUUGCCACCCAGAUCCUGACUGGAUGUGAUGAAGUACUGGAAAUGCUGCAGCAGGUCACCACUGCCCUCAUCAACAGUGACAUAGCUGACCGAGAGCAAAGGUUAAAAGGCUUGGAACAAGUUACCAAGGCCACUAUGCUUGGUCACCUUCUCCCAGUGUUGCUGACCUCCCUGAUGCACCCCAAUUUGCAGACCUUGACCAUGGCCGACGCCCUGAUGCCGCAGUUGGUGCAGCUUGUGCUCUACACCAGCCAGACGGCCUUGCUGCUUAAAACCCAGUGUCCGGUUUUUGCUGAGGUGCGCUGUUCCCCGUGUGGCACCUCAGACCAGAAGUGCAGGCUGUUCCCUGAGGAGAGAAUGUUAGAAGAAAAGGAAGAGCCAGGCUUUCUCACUGGCUUAAAGAUUCCUGCCCCAUGGGCUGCUGGGAAGACUGUGGAAACAGUACACCCUGUCAGAGAUAACUAUAAAUUUAAAGAGACUGUUCAUAUCCCAGGAGCUCGCUGCCUGUAUCUACGAUUUGAUAGCAGAUGCUCGUCGCAAUACGACUAUGACAAAUUGGUGAUAUACGCGGGGCCUAACACAAACAGUAGGAAGGUUGCUGAGUAUGGAGGCAACACUCUGGGAUAUGGCAGCCGUAGUGUCUUAGGAACUGGUUGGCCGAAGGACUUGGUGAAGGUUGAAGGCGAUACAGUCACCUUCUCCUUUGAGAUGAGAAGUGGCCGUGAGCACAACACUCCUGACAAAGCCAUGUGGGGCUUUGCUUGCACAGUUCGCGCUCAGGAGUCCUCGGAGGAUGUCUCGGGAGGCUUGCCCUUCCUGGUAGACCUGGCCUUAGGUCUGUCUGUUUUAGCUUGUUCCAUGUUAAGAAUCCUGUACAACGGACCAGAAAUUACCAAAGAAGAGGAAGCCUGUCAGGAACUAUUGCGUUCCAAACUUUUACAAAGGUGCCAAUGGCAGGUGGAGGCCAAUGGUGUUAUCUCCCCUGCCCUUACUCCGAGUCCCUCUCCACUGCCUCUGACCAUAGAAGAAGACAGAGAAUUUACCUACCCUUCAGACGUCCUUGUGCCUCCUGUUGGGAACUACUUUGACCUGCCUCGGAUCAGGCUGCCUCCAGGAAUCAUGAUAAAGCUCAGGGAAAUUUCUGGGCGUGCACGACCUCAGUUUAGACCAAGUAUAAAAGAAGUGAUUCAGCCUGACGUCAUGGAGGAAAUGGUAGUGUCCUGCGUUAUUAAGCACUUGAACUUGGUUGAUGCACUGCAGUCCCUGAUCAAUUUCCAAUAUCAGGAAGAACAUGCUGAGGAAUAUGAUUUAUUGUGUAAAAUUAUGGGAGAGACCUUUAAGAAACUCAAUGCCAUGGAGAGACAGCUGCAGAACAAAAUGAAAGAACUAGAACUUUUGUGUUCAAUGAAGGAAGUCUCCUUUGAUGGAAAUGAUCUUGAAAACAUGGUUCUCUCACUGAGGGAGAAGUUCCUCCAAGAAGUGAAUUCUCUCACUCAGAAGCCCUCUCACCCCCUGACCAAAACAAAGACGCUGGUGAAGAGUCUGAUGAACCGAGCCGAGCUGCUGCUGCACGUCACCAUUGCAGCCCAGUCAGGCCUCACCAGGAGCAUCUCAGGGACACCAGCAGAGACACCUGCAUGUAAGUCAGCUUCAGAAACAAAGGUGGCAUCUCACGCUGUCCGGCAGCCAGUUUUCCUUCGAAGCAUGUCUGCUCCUUCUGACCUGGAAAUGAUUGGUAACGAAGACUUGGAAUUUACUAGAGCAAAUCAGAGACGUCGUCACGUGACCAGUCACCGCAGUAGCUCCUUUACACUCUUGCAGUCAUUGGCCAUUGAGGACAGCAGGGAUAAGCCCACUUACAGCGUCCUUCUGGGGCAGCUCUUUGCUUUCAUUGGUACCAACCCUGACCAAGCGGUGUCCAGUAGCAGCUUCCUUUUGGCUGCACAGACAAGGUGGCGGCGGGGAAACACCCGGAAGCAGGCCCUGGUGCACAUGCGGGAGUUGCUGACUGCUGCCGUGCGAGUUGGGGGAGUGACACACCUGGUUGGGCCAGUGACAAUGGUCCUUCAGGGAGGACCCAGAAUCGAAGAGCUCACCUGUGGUGGGAUGGUGGAGCAGGUCCAGGAAGCCUUUGGUGAGACCAUGACCUCUGUGGUGUCUCUGUGUGCUCGUUACCCUAUUGCUUGUGCAAACAGCAUUGGACUCCUGUGUACCAUACCUUAUACUAGGAGUGAAGAGAAGUGCCUGGUGCGCAGUGGCCUUGUGCAGCUCAUGGACCGACUCUGUAGCUUGAGCAGUCAGACCGAGUCCAGCUCUAGUGAGAAGCAGACAAAGAAGCAGAAGGUGGCCACCAUGGCCUGGGCUGCCUUCCAGGUGUUGGCCAACCGCUGUGUGGAGUGGGAGAAAGAAGAAGGUGGCUCCACAGAGGCUGUACACUCAGGGCUGGCCCGUCAGGUGUCCAGUCUCCUCACCAACCACCUUGCCCGAGCCACUGAGUGCUGUGGCAACCAGGCUGCUGGAAACGAUGCCCUGCAAGAUGUCCUGAGUCUUCUCAAUGACCUCUCCAGGAGCCACAUAGGGAAAGCCAUCUUGAGCCAGCCAGCCUGUGUAUCCAAGCUCCUCUCCCUACUGCUGGACCAGCGUCCAUCCCCAAAGCUAGUGCUGAUCAUUCUUCAGCUGUGCCGUGCAGCUUUGCCUCUGAUGAGCGUAGAGGACUGUGGGAAUGUGGAGCUCCCACCCUGGAGCUACUCUGUCCCCUCCCUGAACAGUGAGCAGGAGGACCCUAGUGACCCAGCCUCCAAGAUCGCCUCUCUGCUCUUAGCCAAGCUAGCAGACUAUGUGGUCCCAGGAUGUCAGACGGUUCUUUCUCCAACUGCUUCUGAACCUGACACCACAUUGACAAAAACCAGUCCUAAGAAUCCCUUAAAAGGAGAUAAAGAUCCUGGAGAAGAGAGUGAAGCAGUGGACGGCAAGCUCUCCAUAUUCAUCCACAAGCGGGAAGAUCAGUCCUCCCAUGAAGUCCUCCAGCCAUUGCUGAGUAGCUCAGAAGGACGACCCUUUCGACUUGGUACUGGCGCCAACAUGGAAAAAGUUGUGAAGAUGGACCGAGACAUGACCAAGGGUGGCUGCUGUGAAGUGAUCACAGAGGAGGCCUCAGCUGCCCUUCGGAAAGCAACCAAGUGGGCACAGUCAGGCCUCAUUGUCAGUGUCGGACCACCAGUGGAAUCCAUCAACCCAGAGACUGUGAGCGGCCUGUCUACGGGAGACAAAAAGAAAACUGCCCAAACCUCCAUCUGCCGAGAGAGGAACUCUGAACUUGCCAGGACUGACCCUGUGCGACCCUUCAUCAGUGGGCAUGUGGCAAACAGCAUGGCUGCAGAAGUGAUUGCCUUGCUUCAUAGCCUGCUAAUGGCGCCUGAAUCAAAUGCUGCUCAGAUUUGGACCACAACGGCAGAAAAGGUUCUGUCUAGAGCACUGAUGUACAUUCCACAACUGGGGAAGUAUGCAGAAAGUAUCCUGGAAAAUGGCAGCAGCAGUGGCAGGAAACUUGCCAAACUUCAGAGGAUUGCACGCCAGGCUGUUGCUGCACUCUGUGCACUUGGAGGCUUUAAAGAGACAAUCAAGAUAGGCUCCGAAGUCCAGGUUUUAGGUAGAGGAAUAUCAGGAAGCAUUGGAGUUGUGGCUUCUAUCAAUGAACAGGAAGGUAUAGCUACAGUAAGAUUCCCUCCUGUAGACUGCCGAAGGACGUCUCAAGCAGCAGACACACUGACUAUUCCCUUAUCUAGACUUUGUGUUCCAAGGUCAGAGGCGCUGCCUCUUCAUAAGCUGUCCAUUACUGAGAAGGUAGUCCAGGCGGUGCAGUCCAUGCUGCUCCCUCAGGAGGGAAGCCUCUCUAUUCACACCUCACUGCCUGCAACAGGAGAUGGCUCAGCACCUGUCAUGGCAGUUGUCCGGCUCUUGGCUGAAAUUCGAACAAGAGCAUGCCUGGUCAUGGCACAGCUUUUAGAAGACAGCCUGUUUUGUGAGGAAUUCAUACAGCAGUGUCCAGCAGCCGUGGAAGUUCUGAACCUCGUAGCCCAGGAGUGCAGUGCUGGAGAGAGGCUUGCAGUUGUUGAGGUGCAGUGUGAACGGCUCAGGAUGCUCUACCGGGACUGUGCUCGACCUCCUCCACCUCCACUGCAGGCUGAUCGGAGACAGCCCAAAGAGAUCACCUGGAGCCCUUCUCGAGUAUUCCCUCCAGUUCGUGCCUGCAUGUUCUCAUCUCACCUCACCUCUGUCACCUUCCUGGCUGACCCCAGCGCUGGUGGAGGUCUUCCCCGGGGCACGUUUAUCUAUGCCACCUCCCCACUGCCAGUUCAGGCCCCGUCUUUUUACUGGGAGAUUGAGAUUGUUUCCUAUGGAGAUACUGAUGAUGACACUGGACCAAUCGUCUCAUUUGGCUUUGCUACAGAAGCUGAGAAGCGUGAUGGGGCAUGGACCAAUCCAGUCGGCACUUGCCUUUUCCACAACAAUGGCCGAGCUGUACACUACAAUGGCUCCAGUCUGCUACAGUGGAAGAGUGUCCGCCUAGAUGUCACACUCUCUCCUGGUGAUGUGGCAGGAAUUGGCUGGGAAAGGACCGAGGGGACCCCACCUCCUCCAGGACAGCCAGCCAAAGGCCGGGUGUACUUCACAUACUGCGGGCAGCGGCUCACACCAUACCUGGAAGAUGUCUCUGGAGGAAUGUGGCCUGUGGUGCACAUUCAGAAAAAGAACACAAAAACUCGAGCCAAUUUUGGCUCCCGCCCAUUUGCAUAUGCUGAAGGACAGGCCCAUCGUAAUGCUGCAGACCUGUGCACUGAUCUGGCAGAGGAGAUCAGCGCUAACUUUGAGGCUCUGCCAUUUGCCAUGGCAUCUGACAGUGACAACGAUGCUGGCACCAGUAUUGCAUCAGACCCAGGCACUCAUGGGCCACCAUGCCGAAUUGCUGCAGUGGCCACAGCCCAGCAACAAUAUGAUAGUGAUACCUCCUGCCAUUAUAAAGUCGAACUCAGCUAUGAGAAUUUCAUCACCUCUGGCCCAGACCCCCAUCCACCUCCCAUUGCAGAUGAUGAAAGUGAUGAUGAUGAUGAUGAUGACAUCCCACAGGAGGACCAUUAUGCCCUGUUGGUGAAAGCAUGGGAGACCAAGGUUUUUCCUACCAUCCGAAGACGCUUCCGCAAUGAAGCUGAGCGAAAGUCGGGCCUGGACCAGAUCAAGGGCGCUUUACAACUAGGCAUGGUGGAUAUCGCCCGGCAGACAGUUGAAUUUCUCUAUGAGGAGAACGGCGGCAUCCCAAGAGACCUUUAUCUUCCCACCAUUGAGGACAUUAAAGAUGAAGCAAACAAGUUCACAAUUGACAAAGUUCGAAAAGGUCUCACAGUUGUAACCCGCUCUCCAGAUAGCAGCAAUGUAGCCAGCAGUACUGUGGGAACAGCCUUGCCAAAAUUUGCUAUCCGAGGGAUGCUAAAAACUUUUGGCCUUCAUGGAGUCGUCCUAGAUGUUGAUUCAGUGAAUGAACUGGUGCAGGUGGAGACGUACCUCCGGAGUGAAGGGGUGCUAGUGCGCUACUGGUAUCCCAUCGAUAUGUUGGAACGGCCCCCUGCAGGCUACCGAAGGACGGCCACUAAUGGACUGGUCACACUGGACAAUACCAACCUUCAAAUUCACAGAGAGCUGCUGCGGUGUGAGGCUGCACUGGCUAGGCUGUACUGUCGCAUGGCCCUGCUCAACAUCUUCGCUCCCAAGCUACCUCACUUAUUCACUCGCCUCUUCCACAUCCCCGCCAUCCGAGACAUUACAUUAGAACACCUGCAGCUCCUGUCCAAUCAGCUCCUUGCGCCUCCCCUCCCAGAUGGUACCAUCAGCUCCAGCUCCAUCCUCCUGGCACAGUCUCUGCAGCACUGUAUCCACUCACAGAGCUGCUCUGCCACCGACCUCUUCUACCAGGGCAGCUCCCAGACGCUGAGGGAGUGGCUUAGCGUGGCCAUCACCCGCACCCUGCACCAGGGCGAGGACAGCCUUCUGGAACUGACAAAGCAGAUCUGCGCUUUCCUGCAGACAGCACCGGAGCAGUUUCCCUCUGAAGAAUUCCCAAUUUCUGAGUCCAAAGUCAAUAUGGAUGUGAAUUUCCCUGGAGCAGCUUUUGUUGUUGUGUCUUGCAAAGAAAGUCAGUCUGGAUUCCGCAAAGACUCCUCUCUGUACAAGGCCCCGUGGGCACGUGUUCUCGUCUAUGGGCUUGGCCACAAAGUGAAGCGCACCGGCCAACUGAACCUCAUUGAAGCUGCCUGCUACCCCCGAGAUGCCUCCCCAGCCAACACUGGGCUUGCUCCUCCACCCACAGCUGACCAGUACCCUUCCGUGGUUCUCUCCACAGACAAGGUCCACAUCAAACUAGGAGUGUCCCCACCUCCUGGAGCUGUGCUGGUCUUGCACUCUCUGCCCCUGGAGUUUCCCCUGGCUAUGGCCUUUGCAGAGCAGCUGCUGUCCUGGAAAUCAGAGGACAGUGAAGGGAAGUCAGAGGACGAGCCUGAUGCCAUUCCUACUGCAGUCCUCCUUCACGUGGUGGAACUACUGGGAAACUUUCUGUGGACCACAGACAUGGCGGCCUGUGUGAAGGAGUUGGUCUUCCACCUCUUGGCUGAGCUCUUGCGUACAGUACACACCCUGGAGCAACGGAAACACCCCGCUGGCCUGUCCUCCUCUAUCGCCCUCCAGCUCAACCCCUGCCUGGCCAUGCUGAUGGCCUUACAGUCAGAGCUGCAUAAACUGUACGACGAGGAGACCCAGAGCUGGGUCUCAGGCAGUGCUUGUGGUGGCUCUGGAGCAGUAGCUGUGGGUGAUCAGGGCAGGUUUUCCACCUACUUCCAUGCUCUCAUGGAAGGCUGCCUGGCAGUUGCUGAAGUAACCCUGCCUACCAAUAUCAGUGUCACAGCUAGUGGCGUGACCUCAACGACCACCCCAAACCUCAGCGACUCAUCCUCAUCCUCCUCCUCCUCCCCAGGACAGACCCCACAGAGCCCUAGUCUCCUGUCCAAGAGGAAGAAAGUCAAGAUGAAGCGAGAGAAGGCCUCAUCCUCCAGCAAGCGCCAGUCCUCCCGUGCCACAGAUGCAGAUUCCACCAUGCUCAGCAUUGCAGGGAGCAAACCUGAGGACAUGCUGUGGUUCCACCGUGCCCUCACCUUGCUCAUCAUCCUCCGGCACCUUACCAGAAAGGAUCCACAAGGCCUGGGUGUGACGAGUGAUGCCAUUGCCGAUGCCUGCCAGGCCCUGGUGGGCCCCACUGCCCACAGUCGCCUGCUAGUAAUCUCAGGCAUUCCUACACACCUGGAUGAAGCUGUUGUGAGAGGUGCUAUCCGCAAGGCCUGCAAUGCCCAUGGCGGUGUCUUCAAAGAUGAGAUCUACAUCCCACUGCAGGAGGAAGACCCCAAGAAGCCAAAAGACAAGGCCGAGGGUGGUGACAGCAAGGUUGAGUCUGAGAAGUUGCUGGGGUUCCCCAGUGUGGACAGCUUGGAGGGGAGCACAUCCAGCAGUUUAGCCCCUGCCAUGAGCAUCAGCGCCUCAGCUUCUACCAGCCAGGCCUCAGUCUGUAGCUCCCAGGGUGUUUCACAGACUGCUAGUGACCUUUCAGUGGACCAACUUCCCUCAGGCCUGGAGCUGCCUGUUCCUCCUGUCCUGUUGGAACCCCACGUGGUGUCCAGCCAGGAGAGCCUGGACAUUUCCUUGUGCAGCACUGGCAGCCUGGGUAGCCUGGGUAGCCUAGGGGAACCUAUGGACAAUGCAGAGACAGCAUCUGUGUCAGACGUGGGCUCCAUGUACACGGUCACUUCCCUGGAUACCCAGCCCCUCACAGCGCGCCCUAUCAAAGGCUUUGCAGUGGUGGAGAUAAGGUCCCGAGCCAAAAUUGAGAAAAUCCGAGCAAGUUUAUUUAACAAUAAUGAUUUGAUUGGCUUGUCAAGUCUCGACGGUGAGGAUGAGUUGAUGGAGAUGUCCACAGAGGAGAUUCUGACAGUGUCUGUGGUGAACCAGAGUCUGUUUGACACUCAGGGGAGCCCGGGACUAGAAGACUACUUCAAUGACAAGUCCAUUAAAGGUGAGAAAUUGGUGCCUGGGGCCAGAGAGGUCCUGACAGAAAUAUUUAAAAGCUGUGCCCACUCAGAGCAGACACUGAGCCUAACACCAGCGAAACCAAUUAGGGUCUCUGACAUCUAUCUUAGCAAAGAACAGAUCAACUCCCAGAGUCCAGGCAACCUCCUGCACCUCUUCUUCACCAACGUCCGGCCUCCAAAGAAGGUGCUGGAGGACCAGCUCACACAGAUCCUGAGGAAAUAUGGCGUGCCCAAACCCAAGCUGGAUAAGAGCAAGUACAGCAAAGCCGGGAAGGAGCAGCACCCUGUGAAGGUGGUGAGCACCAAGCGGCCUGUCACCAAGCCACCUGCCAAGGACAAAGCCGUGCUCAGCAAUCUCAGCAGGACUGCAUUAAGUGAGAAGAAGCCAACCGUGAAGGCAAAGUCACCUGAGAAAAGCAAACCAGAUGAAAAAGAUCCAGAAAAAUCACCCACCAAAAAGCAAGAAGUUCCUGAGGAAAAGUACCUGACCCUAGAAGGCUUUCACAAAUUCGUCAUUGACAGAGCCAAGCAAGAUAUCCGCAGUGUCUGGAGGGCAAUCUUAUCCUGUGGUUAUGACCUUCAUUUUGAGAGGUGUGCCUGCAUCGACGUCCGACAUGCACAGAAAGCCUCCAGGAAGUGGACUCUGGAGAUGGAUGUGGCUCUUGUACAAUACAUCAACAGGCUGUGCCGCCAUCUUGCUAUCACGCCAGCACGGCUUCACCCUCACGAGGUGUAUCUUGACCCAGCUGAUUCCACCGACCCCAGGAUGGCCUGUCUCUCUAAUGUGCCUAUUGAGAGCUUGCGCCUACGCUUCGCACUCCUCCAGUCUCUCAACACCACACUGGAGACCUUCUUCUUGCCCCUAGUGGAGCUGCGCCAGACACCCAUGUACACACACAGCAUCGCUGCCCUGCUGAAGGAGGCAAAAGGACUGAUCUUCUACGACACCAAGGUGACCGUGAUGAAUCGAGUGCUCAAUGCCACUGUGCAGAGGACAGCUGACCAUGCAGCUCCGGAGAUCACCUUGGACCCACUAGAAAUUGUGGGAGGGGAAAUCAGAGCCUCAGAAAACUCCUACUUCUGCCAGGCUGCCCGACAACUGUCCUCUGUGCCAUCCUCUCAGCUCUGUGUCAAGCUGGCCAGUGGUGGUGACCCCACAUAUGCCUUCAACAUCCGCUUUACUGGGGAGGAGGUUCAUGGCACCAGUGGCUCCUUUCGUCACUUCUUGUGGCAGGUGUGUAAGGAGUUGCAGAGUUCCUCACUGUCACUGCUCCUGCUGUGCCCCAGCUCUGCUGUCAACAAGAACAAGGGCAAGUACAUCCUGACGCCAAGCCCCAUCACCUACGGGGAGGAGCAGCUGCUGCACUUCUUAGGCCAGCUGCUGGGGAUUGCCAUUCGUGCAGAUGUGCCUCUCCCCCUAGACCUGCUGCCCUCCUUCUGGAAGACGCUGGUUGGCGAACCCCUCGACCCCGACCAGGACCUGCAAGAAGCAGACAUCCUCACUUAUAAUUACGUCAAGAAGUUUGAGAGUAUCAACGACGAGAGUGAGCUGGAGGCCUUGUGCGCCGAGAUUGCCUCCCAGCAUCUGGCCACUGAGAGCCCUGAAGGUCCCAAGCCCUGCUGCCGGUUUACCUACCAGACCAUGACUGGCGAGGAGGUGGAGCUGUGCAGCCGUGGUCGGCACAUCCCUGUGGCUUGGGAGAACAAGGAUAUCUACGCGGCAGCCAUCCGGAGUCUGCGGUUGCGUGAGCUACAGAACAUGGAAUGUGUGACAGCUGUGCGUGCUGGCCUAGGCUCUAUCAUCCCCCUGCAGUUGCUCACCACCCUCAGCCCACUGGAGAUGGAAUUGCGUACCUGUGGCCUUCCAUACAUCAACUUAGAGUUCCUAAAGGCUCACACCAUGUACCAGGUGGGGCUGAUGGAGACAGACCAGCACAUAGAGCUCUUCUGGGGGGCUCUGGAGACGUUCACUCAGGAGGAGCUGUGCAAGUUCAUCAAGUUUGCCUGCAACCAGGAACGCAUCCCCUUUACCUGCCCUUGCAAGGAUGGGGGCCCUGACACAGCCCAUGUGCCACCAUACCCCAUGAAGAUUGCCCCUCCAGACGGCACAGCAGGUCCCCCCGACUCCCGCUACAUCCGAGUGGAGACCUGCAUGUUCAUGAUCAAGCUUCCCCAGUACUCCUCCCUGGAGAUCAUGCUGGAGAAGCUGCGCUGUGCCAUUCACUACCGAGAAGACCCCCUAAGUGGCUGAUGGGAGUGAACCAGGAGGUUAGGCUAUCACCAAGGCAUCAUUCUGCCGACUUGGGAAGCUUGCCAGUGCAGGCACAUCCCUCCAGGGUCCUGAGUGAGAAGCUGGCGACAUUUUGCUUUUCUGAACUUUCGUCAGUGUCCCAGAGCCACCUGGAAGACACCUUUUAUAUGUGUCCGUUUGUGAGGGUCUGUUCCUUUGCUGCCUAUUUGUGGUACAUUUGUAGGAUAGUUUAGUUCACAGACAGUUUGUGUCUAAUUUGAUCUUCCAGGACACUGUCCUCCGUGGCUGUCAGAUUCUGAUGCCACAAGGUUCCAGCUGGUUCCUCAUCACUGAGUCACCAGUGGAAAGCUGGGGGUGAGAUGACCUCAGCCACACGAAGUGUUCUGUUCUCUCUACAGAGUAUCUCCACAAAUGUGUGUGGCCAGUCCUGCCCUCCUGCUCUGAGCUGGCAUCUCUCCCAGAGGCACUUUCUGCAGGCCUCCCUUCUUCCAUCUUGAAAUGGUUGAGCUAGUGCUCAAACAUGCAAGAGACAUACAGGGAACUCAUGUGUUCACCUUCCUGCUUUACCAUGUGUUCCUGGCCGUAGUUUUUGUUUGUUUGUUUUUUUUUUUUUUUUUUUUUUUUUUUUUUUGUAAAAUCCCACAGAGGCCCCUUGUUUCCUCCCAAUUCAGACAGCCCUAUCUGCCACCUGUCUCUUCUGGGUCCCUGGGCUGAGUUUCCUCUGAUGACUCCUCAGGAGCAGACACCUAGGAGCUACUCCAGGCCUUAGUUCAGAGACAGGUUGGGUACCACCUGGUGGUUAGAGUUGAAAAGACAGCAAACUGGAGGGAUAGUGCUGAAUGGGCCUUUUCUACACCGACUGCACAGGAAAGCACAUGAUUCAAGCCUGCCCUACUCUGUGCUCAAAGACUGCCCUUCCUCAGCACAGUGCUGGAAGGAACCCAGGGAAGGGUUACAACCCGUCUUUAAAUACUGAGGUGCCUCUGCCCAGUAAGGGCUGCAUCAGUGACCCAGACGGAGACUGCAGGGGAUUCCUCUGUGCCCUGACUGAUCUGCCCAGCACCCUUCACACCCCAAGUAUGUGUGUGUGUGCGCCAGGGCAGAGCUGCCAGCAGGUUCGCCUACUACCCCAGUGCAUCUGUGCCCUAAAUAAGUCUUUGUGCAAUGGUACUUUGUUCAAGAACAAUACAUGCCACCUGUUGGACAGUCAUUUGGGCCUUGCCAGUCAACACAGAAUGGCAGUGCUGUAGCUAUUGUAUGAUACUGUGCACACAGAAGUCCCGAGAAGGGUAAGGAUGGUACAUUCCUCUCCACAGCAUCUGGCCUGCCAGAAGGUGUGCAAGGUUUAGGGUUGGCAUGCCAGCAUCCAUCUCCUCCCUGUUACGCUUAGGAAAUGUGUUGAGGACCAUUACAGAAAAGACCCCCACCCAACCCCAUCCGAGGAAGAGAUACACCCAGCUCAGUGUGACUGCCAUGGCAGUCACUGGGCUGCAGCACUCACUUAAAGGAGAGUGCCCAAGUAAGUCCUGCUCAUAAAGAAGAUAGUGGCCGCUGCUCGGGACCACCCCAGCGACCUUAAGGAUCCUGACUGCAUUCUACAGAAGGAAGGAGCCUCUGAAUUUACUAAAGUGGGUUUUCAUCCCUCUACCCUCAAAUUCUUGGUUCCCUUCAAUUCUCUUCCCAUGAAUGGACUUGGGAUUCUGUCAGCCCUCCUCAGGAGGGUUCUGGAAGCUUAUUUGGCCCUUUCCUUGAUUAAAUGACAGCUGUGAGUGAGAUGUCUGCUGCUGACUCAGCUGCUCUCCUAGAGAGCACACCGAGGUUCAGACAGAUCCCAACCUUGGCCCUGAACAAUGUGUGCUGGAAAGUUACUUGAUGUAUAUUUAUUAUAAUUAUUUAUGAUUGCGUUAACAGACUCCCAUUCAGUCUGAUGCCAUUUACACUAUGCUGUGUAAAGGAAGCUCACUACAGGAAAAAGUCACACCAAUAAAUAACCUUCAUCUAACUGAUU